UCACCGUACAUUGUGCACCGGUUCACACACUGUACACAUUUGCUAAGUAUCACUGGUACCUGGCUAUAGUGAAUUAGUUGAAGCGGAUUGGUAUAUAGUUAUAACGGUUAAAAUGGCAUCUGACAAAGGGGAGCUGGAUCUGAGCGGAGCCAAGCAAAAUACAGGCAUGUGGCUGGUUAAGGUUCCUAAAUACUUGGCACAGCAAUGGAUGAAAGCUACGGGAAGGGGUGAGGUUGGAAAACUGAGAAUUGGCAAGAACCAAGGGAAAACUGAGGUGUCAUUUACCCUAAAUGAAGAUCUUGCAAGCAUCCAGGAUAUUGGUGGAAAGCCAGCUGCUGUCAGUGCACCACGAGAACACCCCUUUCUUUUACAGAGUGUGGGAGGACAGACUCUAACAGUUUUUACAGAGAGCUUAUCGGGUCAAGCGGAUGAUAAAUCAGAAAACCGGACUACUGGUAAGUUUCAUCUGUGCGAUAUUAUACGCUCUUUCCUUGUUGUAUGA